UCUGUGACACCCUUCAUUUCCUUGCUUGCUCGUAGGGUUUUGAAAGAAAUGGCAGGACCUCUUUGUCCAGUCUUUACUCGUACAUGAUCAGAGUGUUUGGCUGGGGAGCCCACCACGGCUGAGCCACCAUCAGGCUUUUUGAAACGGUGUGCAAGGCAUCGACUACGGAAAAUGUGGGUGCCGAGUUUUCUCCGUCGCGAGUCGACAGUCGGGUCCAAAGCAGCGUUGACGUGGUCUCACCCACACCCGUGUGAUGUUCUAAUGGUUGUUGCCAUGGCAAUGUGGGCGGUCUGCAUACCCAGGCCUGCAAUGGGAAUAGAUCUACCGGCGACGACGCCGGCAACGACGUCGCCCGGGCCCAAAACGACAAUGACCGGAUCCCCCGUGACAACUGGUUUUCCCACUACGCUGCUAACACUGGGAACAGAUGGACUGGUGACGACUGCACCCAGGCCCAACGCGACAACACCCGGGUCCGAAACGACAACCAGGCCUAACGCGUCAACACCCAGGUUCAACGCGACAGCACCCACGUUUGCCACGACAACACCGCUACACAACACGACAACUAGCACUGCCGCGGUGCCAGCGGGUAGCGUGAAAACCACCACCACCACCACCACCACCACCCGUGCAGCAGUGUCCGUGGCCGUACCGCCAUCACCGCAGAAAUGCUACGCACGGUUGUGCAUCUACAUCUGUACUGGACUGGGUCUGACGGAAUUCAACCCAGACGGCGUCCCUGCUUCCACCACACAUAUAGAUCUGUCAGUUAACAAUCUCUUUAGCCUACCGGAUAAUGCUUUUCGUACUACCCGAAACCUCCUUGAACUAGUUCUAUCAUGGAACAUAUUAAACACGUGGAACACACGGCCGUUUCAUGCUGUACCCUUCCUGCGGCGCUUAGAUCUGAGCAAAAACCUAAUCUUUUCAGUGCCUGAAUAUCUGUUUUCCGCCUUGCCUGAAUUAACUUCCCUUGACCUAUCGGACAAUCAUUUACUGGAUCUACCCAACAGAGUGUUUAACUUCAACCCCAUACUGUCGAGACUGAACUUGGACGGAAAUCUUUUCAGCAGUCUGAACCCGGAAAUGUUUGAUCCUAUCGCCUCACUCACAGCCAUUGGUCUAGCCCACAAUCGAAUCUCCACCUUACCACCUGGUAUCUUUGAUGGUCUUGCACACCUACAGAACGUGUAA